UAAGUACCCAACCGAUUGGAUUAGGUUAUGUAUUGUUUGAAAGGGUCGAAGCGGCGGCGCAUUUGACAUUCCCGCAUUCCCACGAUCGGCUCGUUCCAGUGAAAAGCCGCGCCGCGUCGCACCGACGAAACGAAACGCAAACGCAAACCGACACACGGUCUUUGGUACGCGCUGCUGUUGCGCCAUUUCGUCGUGAACCCCGGAGAACCCGUACGCGUCCGCGUUUAGUCGCAUCCGUUCCUCCGGUCCCGGCAGACUCCCGUUUCUUCCCCGGAUCGUGUUGUGCGUGCGUGUGUGUGUGUGCGUCGAGUGUUGUGAUUCGCCGUUUCGCCGGACGCCACAGUUGUUGCCUGUGAUGUAAGCUCGCGUCACUAACUACCAUGACGGACAACCAACCGCCAAAAACGAACGGCGUCGAGCCGCCGACCGAAAUGGAUCCCUGCAUGCAGGACGAAACGAAAUCGCCGCGCAAAGAGCGUAAAUGGCAACGUUAUCGUGACGACGUCUGCGAAAAGACCGAGCUGACCAAAAGGAAUUUCUGGUACGUGGUGGCCGUGUUCGCCGCCUGUCUCGUUCUGUUGGCGGUCGUGGUCGCGUUGGCGGCGGCCUGGCCGACGCGGAAGCACCGCGACAUGUUCCCGGUAUGCCGGAGGCCCGAGUGCAUCUCCGCAGCCGCACAGAUCAGAGAGUCCAUAAACGAAGACGCCUCCCCCUGUACCGACCUGUGGAAUUUCACUUGCGGCGGAUGGUUGGCUAAACAUCCCUUGCCAAAAGAUCGCAGCCAUUGGGACUUGAAACAGCAACUCGUGUACAAAGAGUAUGAGAAUGUGCGAAACCAAAUAAGCACGUUCAAGUUGCCGCUGAAAACCUCGACGGUCGAAUGGAAGCUGAAAUAUUUGUACGAAGCGUGCAUGAACGUUGAUAACAUCGAAGGGGACAAAGACAAGCCUUUGACAAACAUCAUUUCCGAAUUAGGUGGUUGGUACGUUUUGCGCAAUUGGAACGACGCGGACUUCGAUCGCGACAUGAUCCUUACCAAAUUGCAUGUCGAUUACGGCGUCACUCCCUUUUUCCAAAUCACCGUCGAACCGAAUCCCAGAUCGCCCGGACAAAAUUCAAUUCGGAUUUCUCCGGCGGGAUUGGGUUUACCCACCAAGGAUUAUUAUUACCGGGAUGACUUAAACGAUAGGGUCGUUGCAGCUUACAAAGAACUGAUACGUGAUGUGAUAAUUCCGUUGAACACAGCAUCAAACGAGGCGACGAAGUUUGGGAUCGACAUGUUCUCGUACGAGAAGCGAAUCGCUGAAAUAACUCCUGAUCCUGUAAUUUUAAGGAAUCCCAUACACACGUACAACGUCCGUACGUUGUCCGAACUUAAAGAAACUGUACAAUUGCCGUUGUUCGAUAUUCUGACGGGCAUGUACCCGGAAUCAGGCAUAACGUUGAGCUCUGAAGUGAUUGUGACGUCUCCUGAGUAUUUGCAAGAGAUCUCCGUAAUCGUCUCGUCGACAGAUCGUAAAACGAUGAACGGAUAUUUGAUAUGGACGCUUGUUAGAAGUUACUUGCCGUAUUUGUCUUCUGUCUUUACUUCUUCAUGGGAUACGUUCAACGCUGAACUCUAUGGUGUUCAACGUUCUUUGGAAAGGUGGGAAACUUGUGCGAGGAUAACAAGAAGAUUUAUGGGAUUAGCAAGUGAUGCUCUAAAGGAGAUAGAAAAUCCAUUGACUGUAAACGUUAUUCGUGUUGUUAAUGACACGUUCCAAUCAAUUUUAGACGUUGCCAAAACAAAAUUAAUCGCAUUCGAACACAAUUCUUCACUCUAUUCACAUCUCAGAUCAAAAUUAAACAACAUUAGGAUACAAAUAGGUCUGCCAGAAAGAAUAAAGAAGUCAGAAUAUUUAGAAAAUUACUACAAGAAGUUGCAAAUAAUUAAAUUAUACUUUUUUGAAAGCAUUAAAAAUGGGAUCAAAUUUAAGAAAAAAAUGGAAGAACUCUCUUUAAUAGGACAUUCGAAUGAAAGUACUGCGAUUAUUAACAUGGUUACGGAUACACCCAUUGUGUCAUAUUCCUCCACUGACAAUAAACUUUUUAUUCCCCGUACGUUAUUAAGCGUACCAAAUUUUGACUACAAUUACCCUAGUUCCAUAAUCUAUGGAAGAUUAGGUGUGGAAAUUGCAAAUGCAGUAUUAUCUUCUAUACUUCCUUACGGCAGUUUAUGGACUGGCAAUAAUAAACUGUUGUCUUACGAUCACAACACCGCAAUAGAUUCCUUAAAAAGUGUUGGGAGUUCGACGGAAUGUCUCUCAAAGUUUAUUUUGAAUUUGAAUCUGGACGUGCCAGCGGCAACGGUUAAUGAAACCUCCCUUGAACUAAUUAAACAAUUUGCUGCUGUAAAAUUAGCACACGAAGCGUUGUUGAAGUCAUUAGAAUCGGAUCCUCAUGUUCAUCAACCUACCCUGGAACAAUUUGAGGAUUCGGCCUUAUUUUUCCUAUCAUAUUCUCAGACUCAGUGUUCAGAAACCGCAAACCAACAACAAACAUUUGAUAGACUGGUUAAUUUUAAAUUGUCCCAAAAAACUCGGUUGCACUUAUUGUGGUCUCAACACGAAGACUUUGCAAGGUCGUUCGAUUGCGACACGAGCAAAAAACUAAAAUGUCGUGAUAGUUUCAGUUUAAUAUAAAUUAGUAUUGUCCAAAAUGUGAUGUAUAUAAUGAACAAUCAGGAUGAGAAUGAAGUAUUUAUUUUGUAAUAUAAUUCGUAUUUUAGUUUUGAAUUAUUUUAAUAAAACCAAGUUUUUAUAUAA